AUGUCCACGACGGGCCGCUCGCGAGGGGCCCUGGACGGCGGCUGUGCGUGCCGCGCGGCAAGGCCAAGCCGCGUCAAAGCCCCGGGACUGGUGGUUUGCAUGGGGAAGAAGAGCAAGCUGCGCGAGCAGCGCAGUCGGGAGAGAGAAAGCCUUCGGGAGGGCGGCGAGGCCGAGGGGGAUGCGCCUUUGGCCGCGGAAGAAGUUGCGCCUGAGGUCGAAUGCGAGCCGACGUCCGGCGAAGAGGAUGUGAGGAGAAGUGCCGAUGGCACACCAGUGGGAUGGUCAGUCCUGCCAUUCCUGUCCCAAGGCGCCAACAAAGGCACACCGAAUGAAGAAGACAAAACUGACGACAGUGGAGACUCUGUUCCAUACAUCGACCUACUCAGUCCCACAGCCGAUCCAGAUGAGGAUGCAGAGGGGAAGGGUGCCGAAGUCACCAAAGAUCAGAUUUUGUCAGCUUGUGCCUCCACCAGCGCUGCUGUGUUUGCCAUGAGCUUCCUCAUCCGGAGUUUGACAGCCAACAAGCCAUCCUUCCUAGGAGAUGAUCCCGAACUGGUUCAGUCGCUGCUGUCGCUGCAGCCCCAGUGGGACUUGACUCACAUUCUGGUCGCUGUCGGAGCUGCCGGUUUGGUGACGGGUGCCAGGGUGGCACUUUUGAGGGUGUGGUCAGACUUUGCGGUUGCCACCAACCGGUCAAACAAGCAGGUGUUGAGCCCUCUGGGUACUUGGGAAGUCCUCCUUGUGUCAUGCCUUCCAGGCAUCUCCGAAGAAUUGCUGUUUAGGGGCAGCCUCAUCCCUGCCCUUACAGCGGAUUGGAGGGGCGCUCUGGCUUCGGGCGUUGCCUUUGGCGUGCUGCACAACAGUGGAGGGAGGAAUUGGUCCUUCGCAGCCUGGGCGUCAGCUGUGGGUUUUCUGUAUGGCAUGGCCUUCCUGGCCACCCAAGACAUUUAUGUGCCCAUAGCGGCCCAUUCCUUGGCGAAUUUGUUGUCUGCAGUGCUGUGGAUGGAGCAAAAUGAGCGAAACGUCUAA